CCCAUUUCUUUAAUAUCCAUUAUUUACCCUCCACACCAGCUGUGGCGCCUCUCCGCAGCAUCUCACAACCAAAACUGCACAUGUUUUUAUAGGGUUUUUCCUCCAAAUACGCCCACUCAAAACUAGUUUCACUGUUUCUUGAAACUCAAAAAUGCCUUCACUUGUUCAAUUCAUACCUCUAUUUCCUUUCUUUUUCUUGAUUUCUUUCUCUGUUUCUCAUGGACCCUUUUUGCCAAAGGCCAUUAUUCACCCUGUAAACAAAGAUCCAUCUACUCUUCAGUAUGUUACUCAACUCUACAUGGGUGCUAAUCAUCUUGCCCCCAUCAAAUUAGUUGUAAAUCUUGGAGGUUCAUUUCUCUGGACUGAUUGUGGUUUAUCUUCAAGUCAAAAACUUGUACCUUGUAAUUCACUCAAAUGCUCCAUGGCUAAGCCUAAUGGUUGCACUAAUUCUCCUGGAUUUGACAACAACAAGAUUUGUGGUCUGAACACAGAAAACCCCUUCACAAAAUUGGCUGCAACAGGGGAAUUAGCAGAGGAUAUGUUUGCUGUUGAAUUUAUAGAUGAGUUAAAAACAGGUUCAAUUGCUUCAAUCCAUCAAUUCUUGUUUUCUUGUACAUCAGCUACUCUGUUACAGGGCCUUGCUAGAGGUGCUAAAGGUAUGUUAGGCCUUGGAAAUUCAAGAAUUGCAUUGCCAUCUCAGUUGUCUGAUACAUUUGGUUUCCAGAGGAAAUUUGCUCUUUGUUUGUCUUCUUCAAAUGGUGCUAUAAUUUCUGGUGAAAGUCCUUACUUGUCACUUUUGAGUCAUGAUGUUUCAAGAUCCAUGCUUUACACACCUCUGAUUUCCUCCAGAGAUGGUGGAGUUUUACAAGAGUAUUACAUCAAUGUCAAAUCCAUUAAAAUCAAUGGCAAGAAAUUGUCUUUGAACACAUCUUUGUUUACAAUGGAUGGAGAAGGUCAUGGAGGGACAAAGAUUAGUACAAUUUCCCCUUUUACAACCAUGAAGAGCUCAAUUUAUAAGACAUUUGUUGAUACUUAUGAAAGAUUUGGUUUUUCAAUGGAAUUGUCUAAGGUAGAACCCAUAGCACCAUUUGGUCUUUGCUUUAGUACAAAAGUAGGGGGGCUAAAUGUGCCAACUAUUGAUCUUGUGUUGCAAAGUGAGAUGGUUAAGUGGAGAAUUUAUGGAAGAAAUUCAAUGGUGAAAAUAAGUGAUGAAGUGAUGUGUUUGGGAUUCUUGGAUGGAGGGGUGAAUCAAAAGGCAUCAAUUGUUAUAGGGGGUCACCAGUUGGAGGAUAAUCUUUUGGAAUUUAACUUGGGAACUUCUAUGCUUGGAUUUACUUCUUCAUUGGCAAUGAGAGAAACAAGCUGUUCUGACUUCAUGUUCUCAAAGGAUUCUUCAGCUUUUGAUUCUUGACUUGAAAUUAGACAAAAUUCUUAACCAAAAUUUUUUGAAUACUAGAUUCCAACUUGUCCAGACAGACAAUUCCCCUUGUAUAGUUAAGAAAAUGUAUUGGCUCUUAUAGAUAAUCAUGACUUGGCCAAUCUUAGAAUAUUAGAGUACUAGUUUAUUGUGAGUGUGUUUGUUGACUCACUUUUGAGUUGUGAGAAAGUUUUGAUAUAUAAGAACUGAUUUUUAA